CUACUGAUCGAAAUCGAAAUCGACUUUCGUCAAAAGAAUAAAUAUUUUCAUCGAACAAUUACGCCACCCCAUGAGCAUACAUCCAACUAUCAAUCAUUCUCUUUCACAUUUUUCUUUUCCACUAAAAUGGCACCAAAAAAGCCAACAGAUAAGCCCGCUGCCAAGCCAGCCGAAAAAAAAGAGAAGAAACCAGCAACUUCAGCCGCUGCUGGUCCAUCAGGUGAUAAGGCUAAAAAGCCUGCUGCUGAAAAGAAACCAGCAGCAGCUAAACCAGCCGAAAAGAAACCAGCAACUGACAAAAAGCCAGCUGAUAAGAAACCAGCAGCCGCUGCCAAAGCUGCUCCAAAACGACCAGCAACUGAUGACAAGAAACCAGCAGCAAAGAAGCCAGCUACAGCUGGAGCCAAGAAACCAGCAACUGGUGACAAAAAACCUGCUGCUGCCAAGAAACCAGCCGAUGCUAAAAAGACUGGCGAAAAGAAGGCCGUUGCAAAGAAAGUAGCUGGAACUGCUGCUAAGCCCAAGCCCAAGGAUGCGUCCAAGGCCAAGAAACCAGCUGCCAAGAAAGUUGCUGGCAAACCAAAACCCGGAGCUAAGGCCUCCUUGAAAGUGAAAGCAUUCGCUGGAAAGAAAUCGGCCAAACCAGGUGCUGGUAAAUUGCAAAAGGGAACUGCUAAAGCCAAGGCUGUUGCAAUCAUCAAGGCAAAGAAAGUGCAAACAAAGGUAAUCAAGGGACCAUUCGGUACACGUACACGCAAGGUACGCACUUCGGUCACAUUCCGUCGACCAAAGACCCUGUCGCUACCCCGUCAGCCGAAGUAUCCACGCAAAUCGGUUCCAACCAGAAAUCGCAUGGACGCUUACAACAUCAUCAAAUAUCCAUUGACAACGGAAGCGGCCAUGAAGAAGAUCGAAGACAACAAUACUUUAGUAUUCUUAACACAUUUACGUGCAAACAAAAAUCACGUACGUGCUGCUGUCCGCAAAUUGUACGACAUCAAAGUAGCUAAAGUGAAUCUGUUGAUCAGACCCGAUGGCCAGAAGAAAGCAUACGUCCGAUUGGCUAGAGAUUACGAUGCACUUGAUAUUGCUAACAAAAUCGGUAUCAUAUAAACGCGCGUGGUCAGCUGUUGGGAGCAUUGGAAAAUCUUUUCAAUUUUUCUAUGUGAAUUACGGUCGUGGACAUUCGCGUUUUUGUUUCAUGAUUUUCAAAUAAAACAAAUUGAAGAGAAAUCGAA